GGUGUUUCCCUGUUAACGCUACUUCUGGUGUUUGGUGUAUCGAAGAGGAUGAACUUAGUUGAAACUUUUGCGGAGCUAGGCGUCAGGUCAUAUUACUGAAGUUAACGGAAAACAUAGACCCUACAGAAGGGUGAUGUUGCGAAACCCGCCGUGUGACCGCAGGUUUUCUCAUUUUGUCCUGCAUGUGCUGCAGGUUUGAAUGCUCCAUUUUUUCAGUCCGCUGUAAUCGUUACCUAUGGGACAAUCGAUUAUUGAAAGAAUAAUAAUAAUAAGGUAGCCCAGAGUCCAAGCAGGCCGCAGAUUCGUAUAAUUCGACGAAUCUUAAGUGAAAGCUGCACUCUUAGAAUAUAAAUAAACGCUGACGAUUAUGUUGUUUUCAAUAUUUUUUGAGGAAUAUACGUGGAACCGAUUGGCACAGGUUUGGUUAGCGAAAACUUCCACCUCAAACAUUCGUCAUUAGGGUUUAACAUACGCAUUUGGUUGCUAUAACCCUAUGCAAAUCUCAAAUCAAUCGUCCUCAUACAAAAAAUGUUCUUUUAAUUGUAUAUCUCUACCAAAGUAUAAAGGUGUAUGGAUAUUUCAGUGACACACUGGUUAACGACAAUACAUACAUUAUAUAGGCCAAGUUUCAUAUUUCUUAUUAUUUUUUCUUAUCUUGGAAUUUUUCAGCUGCAUUCAGUCUUCAGACAGUUCAUAAUUUCAUUUAUGGCUACGAAUGAAGCUUCAGUCGAAGCCUUAACAAAAUUGCUAACGGAAUUUCAUUCCCCUUCAACUAGUUUGAUUCGACGACAGGAAAUACAAAAUGUAUUAAUAAAUUUUGAAAACUCACCCGAUUCCUGGUAUCAUGCUAUGUGUUAUUUGACUGUAGCUAAAAGUCAUCAAUAUGUUGUUCUGUAUUGCUUCGGUGUCAUCGAAACAACCAUUGUUCGUCAGUGGCCAUUUCUUUUGAAAGAUCACAAAAUAAAAAUUCGUUCAUUUUUACAAGCUUAUCUUAGUGAGAGUUGUUUAAAUGAAUCUAAUUUCUUAUUGAAGAAAGCAGCAAAAUUAUUGUCAUUAAUUGCUUGUUUCGAUUGGCCUAACCAGUAUCCAGAUUACAUGGACUUUUUAAAAACUCAUAUCUUCAAUGAUCCAGUUAAUAACUUGUUUUCUAUCAAAACGACUUUAAUGGGUCUUUAUUGCUUAAGGUGUACAUACGAUUCAUUUCUGAAUCCUCCAGAUGUGAUAGAUUAUACAAGAAAAAUUGAACUUAAACAAUUACUGUGCAAAGAGACUGGUGCCUUAUGUGGACCGUUGUGCUCAUUGAUGUCACGCUUGUGCGGUAACGACGGUGAUAAGCUGUUAAAUUCUUUUCAAUCCUAUUUAUUGGGCGAAAUUUCUCAUUCUAGUCAGAAUGAUCAACAUUCCUUAUGGCAUCCACUUUUUAUGCUUUUAGAAUCUUUAGCUAGUGAUUGUUUAAUAAAUUCUGGUAAUAAAUGUAACACAUUAAUAGAAUGUCUGGAAUGUUUAUGUGAAAUGUUGAGGAUGUUUCCUGGUCCACCUGAUUUCUUGCGUGAAAUCCUGGUUUUAAUAUGCAUUUUUUCAUUGAUAGGAUCUCCUCAGUGUUUGUCAGCUUGUGCUGAAGCAGAAGAAGCUCUUGCACUGUCAUCCCGUGAUUGUGGUCUUCUCAGACUGAUCGGUUUAACGGCUUUUACUUGUUUACAAGAAUUAAUCGAGAAACGAAAUGUAGACAGUUUUAUAAAUCACCAAUCUAGCUUAGUCUUUCGAUUCGUCAGUUGUCAUCUUGACCUAGCUAGUGGUCGUGUUUUGCUCGAAAAAAUAUCCACUUCUCUUCUAAAAAAAAGGCAGGACAACAAUGAUGAUCCCAUUGGUGAUAUCUCUAGUGCACUUGCAAUGGACAGACAAAAACAAUCUGCUUGUGAUGAUUAUGAGAUGAAACUAGUUGAGAUAAUUCGAUGCAUUUUGCCAAGUUGCCUUAAGUUCAUAUAUAUUAACGAUAAUUCGGGGAAUUUUUCAAAGAAUUACCUAAUUACCCUUUUAAAGGCAUUUUGUGAAUUCACUUUUUUCACAGCAAAUCUUGAAACUUAUCUAUCUUGCAUUAACAUUUGGUCUAGUAUUUUUGAAUCACUCCAGUUUUAUGCCUCUCAGAGGUCAGAAUUAUUAUCAUCUAGUUCCGCUGUACAUAAAAUACUCAUCGAAUUCGGAAAUGGUUUAUUUUCUCGUUUAUUCUACAGCGAAUCAUCAACUUAUCUAAAUACUUUGGAGUAUGAUGUCUUCGAAAACGAAAUGUCAUUUAUAUCUUCCUCUAAGAAUGAAAGUAAUUUACUCGGCAUUGCUUUUCCAGAAGAAAUGUGUACAAAUAAGUCGAACAAUACACAGUCUAAUGAACCGUGUGAAUAUGUGUUAUUUAUCCGAGAAAGUUUAUCCACAUUCAAUCAUUUAGUGAAUCUAUUACCACAUGAUUUUACUACUCUUCUUUUUCAACGAUUUCAGUACAUUUUGAAUGAAUAUACGUCAUUAGUGAAUGCAACUGGUCUUUUAUCAGGUGCAUUCAGUUUUCCUAAAGGUCAACCAGCACAUCGCAUUCAUUGGAUUUUAAGGGAUUUCGCUUCAAUUGUACAGGUGAUUGGUUUUAUGUCUGAAAAAUUUUAUUGUGAAAAGUACCAAGAGUACGGCCAACAAAUUGUGCACGCACUUUUGUACAGCUUACGUUUAAAUGGUGCGAUUUUUCCUUUUCUUCAUAGCAUCAAUGAACGGCUUAUACGAUUGAGUUUUGUUGAAGUUAUAGUUCAGACAUUGCUUGUUUGGCAAGCUUUAAUUGUUUCUGGUUCAAUUGGAUUUAUUGUACACUGUGACAGUAAUUUACCGUUUGAUAAAAUCUACCUUCCAUCUGCUAACCGUGAACAUUUCUAUUUAGAACUUAUGGAAAUCUUUGAGUGUUUUCUUUCACCACUUAAAGAAUCAUCAUCUUUUUCUUCAUCUCCUUUAAUUUCUCCAAGAAUCGUAUACAGUUGUGCUCAAUUGUUUAGGUGCUUCUUUACGUCAUCAUUUCGCGAUAUAUGUCCACCAAUGUCUACUAUGUUGGACAAGAAUUCUAGAACUUUUACCAUAUUUAAUGGUAUUUUUGAUUCUGUAUGUCGACAAAAGUGUCAGACACCAAUCGAAUGUAAAGUGUUGAAUCCUCUCAUAUCUGCAUUUUUGUGUUACCUUACUUCAGAAGAUGCAACUAUAUCUCAAUUCUCUAACUAUGGUAAUGUUAAAGAUGAAGAAAAUGCACUGAUUUCGAUACGAAAUUCUUUACUUAAUCGUUUAAUUUUAGAAUUCUUCUUACACAAUUUACAUCAAAAUCACUUUGAAGUUGAUCAAAAACACCAUAUCACCUAUUUAAGUCUGCUGAAUGAUGCUGUACUGUCAUUGGAGAAUUCUGGAAAUUCAGCUCGUCAACUUGUAUAUACAAUGUUAACAAGUUCAGGUCUAAUGGAUAAUCUAAUUGGUUGUUUGUUGAAUAAAAUUUUAGGCGACAAUCCUUCUUGUCAGAGUCAUUUAAAUUCAGAAAUGAAGGUCAAAUUUUGUACAGCUUAUUUGAUAUUCUUAGCUACAUUUGUUCGCAUUUUAUCAUUUUCCAGUGGGACUUUAUCAUCUAUACCUCAGUUAAUUAGUCAAAUUAUUCGUUCAAUUCAUAAGUCAUCAUUGACUGGAUCAAAUUCUUUUUCAAUCACUUUUAUUGGUCCAAUAAUAGAUAUUUUACUACUAAUAACACAUAAUAAAAUAUUCACCUCUAUUCUACAUGAUACUUUAGAAUUAUGUCUUUGUGUUUUUCUGCCUAUUUUGUCAACACUUCCAAACGCAGUGUUUACUGAUAAUGAGCAAGAUAUACAUCGAUUAGUAUGUAGUGCGUGUGCAAAUAAUAGUCAGUUAAUGGAACAAUUAUUCGAGUUGAUAUUUAAAAUUCUAUCAAAUAACUUUUCCUUCUUUUUUGUUCGUAAUUCUGCCGACAAAAAGAUGAACACCAUUACCAGCAACAGUACACCAACCUUAAUUACACCAAUUAUGCAACGUUAUUCUUUAAAUUGCCCAGAUUUAUUUCAUCGACUAAUGCAUGUUGUGUCUGCUGUCUUUAAUUCGGAACAAGUGGACUGCGGUUUGGUUAGAUUUGUUGUUGAGAAACUAACUUAUUUGAAUGCAUCUCAUAAAUUGUUCGAUCUAUAUGACUUUAAUAAAUUAUGGCUCUCUAUGUUUACCAGUUCCAUAUUGAAUUUAUUAAUUAAUAAUAAACAUGACUCGUGUAAAGAUACUUUAACUGAUAGUUUAUAUUAUUUCGCCUUAUCUUUCACUCAUUUAUCUUGUCCUGUAAACACUGUUGAUGUCAGUUAUAACUCUACGGGUUUUAAUUAUUUUGUACAAAACUUUCUUCCUACAUACUUGAAUACAAUACAAAGCUUAGAUGAUAGUCAACGUGCAUUAAUUCUAUCCUGUUUUUAUGUUACAAAUCAUAAUGGAAGCUAUUCGAAAGAUAAUGUGAAGUGUGAACUGAAGGAUAUUACCGUAUUUAACCAAUGUAUCGAAUUAAUGAUUUACAAUGUACGAUAUUAUCGUACUAUCAACAUGGGAAUGACAACAGUUUCAUUGGCUAAUUGCCAUAAGUGAAUCCCAUUUUGUUCUAAUAAGUGAGCCACUUUCUCUGUCCAUACAUGGCAAAACCAAACAUCCCGGCUGGUCGUAUUCCUACUCGUUCUCUGCAGACAUACUAUCGAAUUAGUAUUAAUUUGGCUUCUGGCAAGCUCAUAUGUUACAGUAACAUCCAUCAUUUAGUUUUGCUGUGAAUAACAUUAUUUCCCUCACGUGAAUCUUUUGAUGAGGUCUCUCAUCAGAGAAUGCUUUUGUACAGUUAAUUCUUAAUGUAUUAUCAAUGCAUUUCAUAUAUAUAUGCUGUACUCACCAGUGUAUUAUCCAUCCUGUUAUUUGCAGUCAAAAUUACACAGUGAUUACAAUAUACAACCAGUACUCUACUUCUGUUGGGUUUUACUGAAUCAUCCAUUUUAAUGUUUCUUCUUUUGCCUAUAUGCGUAACAGUGAUUUUUUAUGAUCGUUACUGUUUUCAUUUUUGUUUUAACUUUCACUAAUUUGACUCUUACAAUGUUAGCUUUAAUUAGCCUUAAUCUUGGAAAUUUGUUUUUCUUUUGUGUUUUUUACUGCAUAGAAAUUCUUUGUGUGAUAUUUUUAAUGCUUUGUUAUUGUCUUUUUAAUCAAUUGUUGCAGUGUGUUAUUUCUCGCUUUGUAGAAGAAUUUAGUGGGGAAUCGCUUGUUAUCGCACCAUAUUUUCAUCCUUCAGAAAUCUUGCACUUUUGUUACAACUGUGAACCUGCUUUCGUCGAUACUUUGAUCAGUGAAAUUACCUUUAAGCUGUUCGUGUAAAGUGUCUGCGUAUUUUCUGCCGCAGUUCCACCUUACACAGCGAUUACU